AUGGAGAGAGCUGAGGAGGGUUGCAAUCUGUAUUUAAGUUUAGAUUUCUUGGGUGUGAGUCCCUUACCGGGAUCGGUAACUGUGGCGGAAGCUCACUUAAUAUGGGAUAAGGUUCUUAACCAUUUAGUUGAGGUUCGACAGAACCAGUGCCUAAAGGCGUUCAAGGUAGAACAACAGCCUCAUAGGCUGACUUCAAUCAGUGACCCCCUACACGGGCAUCGACCGAUGGGGUCCCGCUCGACAAUGGGCGGGAGUAAUGUUGUAGUCUGCUCUAGAGCAGAGCGGGCCAUCCAACAGGAGGCGAUCCAACAGAAGGUGGACCUUAGGGAAGAGAUCGACUUCAGGGAGGAGAUCGACUUCAGGGAGGAGAUCGACUUCAGGGAGGAGAUCGACUUCAGGGAAGAGAUCGACCCCAGGGAAGAGAUCGACCUCAGGGAAGAGAUCGACUUCAGGGAGGAGAUCGACCCCAGGGAGGAGGUGGAACUAAUUAAUUCGGAGUCAAUUAGGAUCGUGGAUGUUUGUCUGCUCAGACCUCGUGAGCUGGCCCAACUAAAGAAUUAUAAUGCAUGCAUCCCGGCUAUCGUAAAUAAGUUGAAGAACAUUAAUAGAAAGUGUAACCAACUCAUAGGGGCUGAAGACUUGCUUGUCGACGCCAUCAAGCUACGUAUCUUACAAGGAUUCGGAAUAAGUCCCGCAGCAAAGGCCGUUACAGAGAUAAGCACAUCCA